AUGGCUUCUCAAGGGGAUGGGCGUGAGAUGAAAGCUUCUCCAGGAGAUCCGUCAAGGGAUCUGGAGAAGUCUGUUUCUACGUAUCCGGACAAGGAUGGUGAAGAUGACAGGCGAACGGACAAGCUAGAGCAGAUGAAGGAGUGGAAGAACCGUUUUGAUGAGUUUAUGACGUAUACUCAGACGGUACUUAACGACGUACUUGGCGAUACUCGGCCGGAUGCGACCUCGGAGUUGAAUAGCCGACCGGGAAAAUCGCCGAGAGGUAACGGUGGUAGCCGUUGCAGCCCUCAACAGCACACGCUUGGUGCUGAUUCGCCAUUAAUACAGAACUCUUCGCAAACCGCACAGAUAAUAGACGGGGGACCAAAAUGUGCAUGUAAAUCGCCUAACAUAACGAAGGUUGAAAAAAUGGUAUACCAUUCGUUGACCGAGCCUCCCCGAAACGUCAAGGAGUGCAUGGACUGGUUGAUAGCCCUGAAGGGGAAGGAUGGUGAGAAGAACUUGAAGGCCUUAGGUGAGGCAGUCUACAAAUUUCUCGCAGACAAGCCGGUUGGCAAGAUGCAAGUGCCAGCUCUAGAGAAUGUGAAACUUAUUUCUAAAGAGUUCCUGCAGCAAGAAGGGCUUAAGCACCGGUGGCCCGUAAACAUUAUGCUGGAGAAAUUUAACAGGCCUAUUGAUAAAAACCCGAAAAAGACCGGCAAUGUAAUAAAAGGUCUCGAGGAAAGCGAUUAUAAAAAUGUCGUGAAGACCCGGGGUGUCAAACCGAAAGACAUCGCAGAGAACUUGGAUGAUGUUGUGACUGGUUGUGAGAAGUUCUUGAAAUGUAUCCAAAACCCCGGCCAGUACAAGUCGGCUUACUGUCCAGGAGCGACGUGGGAUGCAUCGUGCGCGAAGGACGCGGAAGCUUGUGCCGUCAUCUUCGUGGGCAUUGCGCCAAUGUUGUACGCGGGGCUAAGUGCUUUCUUUUCAGCAUGGAGGUACGCAUUCUUCAGAUGUCCACCGUUCAUUGCGUAUAAUCGUAUGCGAGAGAUGCUGAAGGUUCUGGGUUUCGUAGAGCCGGAAUGUCGCGCUAGCCCAAGAACUUCAGAUGUCGACAGUGCGUUGAGCCGUUUGAAGGACCAUGAAUUGUACACAGUAUACGACCUCUCUGGCUUUUGGGCCUUCUACUGA